AUGUCUGCCAUUUUCAAUUUUCAGAGUCUGUUGACUGUAAUCUUGCUGCUUAUAUGUACCUGUGCUUAUAUCCGAUCCUUGGCACCCAGCCUCCUGGACAGAAAUAAAACUGGACUGUUGGGUAUAUUUUGGAAGUGUGCCAGAAUUGGUGAACGGAAGAGUCCUUAUGUUGCAGUAUGUUGUAUAGUGAUGGCCUUCAGCAUCCUAUUCAUGCAGUAG